GCAUAUCCACAAUUAUUUGACCAUUUCGUAGAUUUCCGCGCAUAAAUGCGGGCUUUUAAAAGAAUUAGCCUGCCUGCCACUGGCACUUGAGCAUUCAACCAGCACCAGUCUUUUCUCAGACGAGCUCGAAAAUGUUGCUUCUUGCCUGCUUGUUGGCAAUCCUUUCCAGAAAUUGCUGCGACGCUGACUAUGCCGACAACCUUCUAGGAAUAGGCCAUGCGACUGAAGUGCCGAUUUCUUCUUUGACUCUUUUCAUGCCUGAGCCAAAAGUUGUAAACAACGAGCCAAGGAAUUUCAAGUCCGUGGAAGACGAGGAAGACACAGGCGAAGGAAUUAUUGAAACGAUUCCUAUAAACGCGAUAAAAGUCCGGUUCAACCCUGCCAUUCACCGAAACAAGGCUCGGAUUGAGGAAACUAAACACUGCGAGGUAAUAUGUAAAAUACCGGCACUGCCAGCUGAAAUGAACAACGCUGUGAAAAACUGUAAUGGUGAACAAGAUACCCAUCUAUCUUUAGCCGAAAGAAGAAGGCAAGGAAGGCCAGAGGAAUUGAUGAAACUGAGGAGACUAUGCAGCUCAAAGUGCGUGCUGGAAAAGCUGAAUUUGUUGCAACCCGACGGAAUGCCUGACGCUGACAGAGUGACCGGCUUUCUGCUAAAAUACUACGGAUUCGAGUGGACCAAAUCUCUGAGGGUGGCAAACCAAGCGUGUUCAAUGCACAUUUUACGAAAUGAGAGACAAGAGACAGCCUAUAACAGUUCUUGCGCGGAAUCUGUUUCUUUCAUGAAGUGCAUUCACACCGCCAUUGUCAACGAGUGCCCCGAGUCAUUUAAAGUGCUUGAGUGCCAGACCAAAUCUACGGCGGCGGCGUGACACAUUUGACUGGCCAAGACGCAAUACACAUUUUUUUAGACUUAAAUUUACGUCAACACAUAUUUGUAUACACGCAGUGGCUGAUUUUUUCGUGAUAUUAAAAGCACAUCCUUAGAUCUGAGAUUUUUUA